GAUAAUGGCUCAAGGCCCCCUCACUAAUCUUCAAAAAUCCAUAUCAAUUCCCCCAUGUCAUCAGACACCAACACCUGCAACUCUCGACACUUCUCAUGGCUCAUGAAAUCUUGUUUCCCCAACCAACAAAACCACCACCAACCCUCCCCCAUCUCCGCCGCCGCCGCCGUCGCCACUAUAUCUGCUCUCCCAGAUGACCUUAUCUUAGAAUGUCUCUCUAGAGUUGAUCAAUCUUCCCUCCUUUCCCUCCCUUUCGUUUGUCGCCGUUGGGCUCACCUCAUCAAUUCCCCCUCCUUCCACCACUUGCGCCACCACCGCAAUCUGUUAUUCAAUACUAUCUUCUCCAUUUACAUUUCCCGGUCAGCCCUUUUCGCCGCCAGCCUCCGCAUGAGCCACCAGUUUGAAUUACCCACUUGGAAAGUAUCCACCUUUAUCCCUUCCAGUUCUUCUUUACAUUUGGAAAGUGGAUCAGUUUUCUCUUUGUUUUCACAUUACAGAUUGGUCUCAAUUGGCCGGAAAAUAUACAUAAUUGGCCGGACGGCGAUGCUUCGGUGUGACACGUGGACUGGCACUUUGGUCCCCAAGGCAGGGAUGGGUUUUCCGAGGAAGAAGUUUGCUGCUGCGGAGGUGGCAGGGAAAAUCUACGUUGCUUGUGGCUCAGCCCGGUCGGAAGCGGUGGAGGAAUACGACCCGGAUGAGAAUGAGUGGCGCGUGGUGUCCCAUGCACCGAGGAGGAGAUACGGGUGCAUUGGAGCCGCCAUUGAUGGUGUGUUUUAUGUAAUUGGAGGGUUAAAGAUUGGCGUGGCGGGGAACGAGGCGGCCCAUGUGUACGCCAGCUCAAUGGAUUUAUACGACGUGGAGGCGCGUGGAUGGCUAAGGAGCAGAGCAGUUCCCGGUGGUGGCUGUGUGGUGGCGGCCUGCGCAGCAAAUGGGCAUUUAUACAUUCUAUCAAGCCAUGCAGUGGAGCUUUCGUUCUGGAAAUUCAACGGGUCCAGAAAAUCCGGCGAGUUUGGGGAGUGGCGGAGGAUUAAGCCUCCUCCGCUGCCAGCGCAGGUGAGGCUGGAUAGCACGGUGGGGUUCAGCUGCGUCGGGGUGGAGAACACGUUGGUGCUUAUACAAGUAGUGGGUUGCAUAGAUGACUUAUUAAGGAGGAGUGGGCGGAGCGAGAGGGGAUUAAAGGAAGGACUGGUAUUGGUAUAUGACUGCGCCACCGGAGAGUGGAGUAGAGCGGCGGACUCGCCGGCGGUGCUUCGACGCGCCGCCUGUGUUUGUGUGGAGUGUUAGCGUGUACUCUAAGGAGACUGGGCUGUCACGGGGUGGUCUAGCGCAUCGGACGAAACUUUUGACUUUUUGGGUAAAUUCGAGAAAAAGGAGCGUUUUCAUUGGUUGAGGGGUUGGAGGCUAUUGGUGGUAAUUAUGGUUAAUAUGGAGGGGGAUUGUGUUUGAAUAUUUUCAUGAUUAAAUGUGGGCCAUGCUUAAAAUUUGUAUGGUAUGGGUCAUUCAACUACAUGUGAUGGAUGUAGAAAGAAUUUUAUUGAUAAUUUUGGCAUCCUAGGUGGUUGUUAUUCU